UAGAACGUGACGUCACACUUGUCGGCACCGGUCUGCUGCUGCCAGUGCGUGCCUGAGACAGCUGAGGAUUUCCAAACGGGGAUCCCGACUCAUACGGCCUAAUAUUACCAAACGUUGCAGUGUAUCGUGUGUUUAAAUGGCGAAAACGUACGAUUAUCUCUUCAAACUCUUGCUCAUUGGAGACAGCGGAGUCGGCAAGACAUGUCUGCUGUUCAGGUUCAGCGAGGACUCCUUCAAUACCACCUUCAUAUCUACAAUAGGAAUAGACUUCAAAAUCAGAACAAUCGAGCUGGACGGAAAAAGAGUCAAGCUUCAAAUUUGGGACACUGCAGGACAGGAGAGGUUUCGCACCAUCACAACAGCUUACUACAGAGGAGCAAUGGGCAUUAUGCUGGUCUAUGACAUCAGCAAUGAGAAGUCCUUUGAAAACAUAAAAAACUGGAUUAGAAAUAUUGAAGAGCAUGCCUCGUCUGAUGUGGAAAAGAUGGUCCUGGGCAACAAAUGUGACAUGACUGACAGGAGACAGGUGUCCAAAGACAGAGGAGAAAAGCUUGCUAUUGAUUAUGGAGUUAAGUUCUUGGAAACCAGUGCAAAGUCUGGCCUGAAUGUAGAAGAGGCUUUUUAUAGCAUGGGAAGAGACAUAUUACAUAACCUGAGCUCAAAGACAACUGACAACAAUGCCGGAGGAUCUGGAAAGCCUGUCAAGAUCACAGAGAAAAAGUCAAAGAGGAUAAAAUUGUUCAAGUGUUCACUCCUCUAGGAUCUGGCUCUGGUGUUCUUGGCUCUUGCGUGACUUUCCUGUUUUUGGAGGGCUCCUGCCUCCCGGGCGUCCUUGCAGCAGCGGCAUCAUUGGUAAUAUGCAGAGAGCCUUACUUCCAGCUGAAGCUCACAGGUUCAUGAUGUUGAGAUCCCAUCCUGAUCUGCUCCUGACCAGAUGAGGAUCAACCCGGAAUGAGGCCUGAAACUGUUUAUCCGCUCAUGCAAAGGACUUGUUCGUGAUAAUCAGCAUUGGUUAGUAGCUGGCCAUGCAGUGUCUGCUCACAGGAGGCAGAGACUAUGUUGGCUUUUAUAUUACUUCUGUUGGAUGUCAUUGAAUAGAUUUUAUUAAAUAGAAUACAAUUCUGCAUAGUUGUCUUUAUAAAUGGGAGUAAAAAAGAAAAAAAUCUGAAUCUUUCUUAACUUGUAGCAUUGUUUUAUACAUACUACCUAUUGUCAUAUUUACUAUGAUGAUGCUUUCAGAUAGACAUGAGUCUAAGCAUUGAUUGUAUUUGUCUGUGUAAAUGUAUGUAUUCAAACCUGCCUAUAUUCUCCUGUUGCACUGACAACAUUUAUAUUUCUUCAUAUGCGCCUUUGAAGGAGUCACAGUAUUGUGAUAGAAAAGACAGAAUUGUUUAUAUAUGUAACCGUCUGUCUUUAAGGAAACCUUUAUGUAUACAGGUUUUUUGUGUCAAAAUGAAACUGAAAGGGUGUUUGUUUCUUGGAAGAUGUACCUACAUGAUGUUAUGCCACUGUCAGUAUUUGCAUGAAAGCUAUAGUGAUUCCCCUGAGUGGAUCAUUAUUAAGCACAUUUUACAGUAUCUGGACAUAAAAUGUUUACAGACCAUAUUUAAA